AUGUCUUUACAAAAUGACCUGUCUUUACAGAAUGACCUUCUAAGACAAAAACUACAUAUAAAAGAAUGGGAAAAGGCGUUUGCAAAAGCCAAUGGGAGAAAUCCUUCAAAGGAUGAUGUCAAGGCCAACCCAGAGAUAUAUAAAGCUUACAAGAGCUACAACCACUUGAAAUCAAAACAGAAGAGAGCCCAAAGCGAGCCUUUAAAACAAAGAGAUGACAGAGUGACGAACAAAAUACUGGAGAAUCAUCUAGAUGCAAUAGACUUUGUUCCACUACCUGUUGAAUUAAACGAGGAGUCAAAGGAAAAUGCAGAUGAGAGCCACCCUCGAUCUAACGCGGAGUUGGGGCCGACGCCUCAGGCAAACGGCAAAGUUCUCUCAUUAUUCGAUUUCUUGAGUCCACCAGAGUCAUCUCCCUCGAAAAACAUUGCUAGCAAAGUCCCUAAAACCCUCAAUUCAUCUCCAUUGAAGGACGGGGCCAUAUUCAAGACACCUACAAAAGCAGUGAGACGCAUUGAGUAUUCUGACUUGACUCCAGCGUUUAACAGUCUGACAAAGAAAUCACUUACAGCGGCACUACAGCAGGCGCAGUCUCCUCUAAAACAUGGUCAAACGUUGCAUGUAACUCAGACUCAACGAGUUAACGAAGAGACGCCAUUUUACUUGGGCAAAGUCAACAACAAAUUUCUGUUUCGUGAUGAGCCUGAGCUGCCCUUACAGACAAAUUCAGCUAGCAAAUCAAAACACACAACUAUGCUACCUCAAACUCCAAUCAAGUUUGAGCUUGAAAACUCGAAGUUUCUGAUAUCACCAUCCCCAAUAAAGCUUGAAAGAAUGUCAUCGUUGGGGAACAACAGAAAAUUGACUGAUGUCUUUAACGAAGCUGUCAGCCUUCAGCUCGAUGAACUGCUUAAAUUAGAAGUUGAACUGGAGCUCAUGCUAGAGAUGCAAAAGGAAAUUGCUGAAGAGGGGGAGAAGCAGGAUGAUAAUAUAGGUGCAUCUACGUUUGGCAAAAAAAGGAAGAGAAUAACACAGAAGAGAACGACAAGGAGGUGGAAGAUUAAGCCGAGGGAAGAAGAUGGCGAGGUUGAGUCUUUUGAAGGCAAGAAUGUUCACGAUGAAAUCAAAAAGAUUAAAGAAAAGGAAAUGAGGAUGUUGAUGGGGCACCAUGAGGGGGAGUCAGAGGAUGAUGACUCAACAGAUUGUGAUACCCUGGAGCCUGAAGUCGUCACUACCAAACCAUCACUACACGCUGGUGAGCUGCUGAAAAAAAGUAGAACAUUCAAGCCCAUCAGCGGCAACUUUCAAAGACUUAAGAUCAAUGAUCCUCGCUCAAAGAGGUUCAAGCUGAGAAUGAGAAGGCGGUGA